AUGAGCCGGCAGUUUAGUUCUAGGUCUGCCUUUGGACUGGGGAGCAGGCAUGUUUACAGUGCCAGAUCCUCUGGGGCCUUUAGUGGCAGAAGCCAGACUGGUGGUUCUGUGUGCCGCAUAGGUGGGAGGUGUGGAGGUGGUGGCAGUGGUGGUGGCAGCUUUGGGGUUUACAGUCGGCUUAGGGGCAGUUACAGCAGUCAAAGCCUCUAUAAUCUGAGUGGUGGCAGAAACCUCUCCAGCAGCCUGCUGGGGGAUGGAGCCAGUGGCUUUUGGCAGAGCAGAGGAGGCAGAGGUUUUGGAGGUGGUGGUGGUGGGCGUGGCUUCGGGAGCAGGAGUUUUGGGGGUGGUGGUGGUGGGCGUGGCUUCGGGAGCAGGAGUUUUGGGGGUGGUGGCGGUUUUGGCCUUGGGGGCUUUGGUCCUGUCUGUCCCCCAGGGGGCAUUCGUGAGGUGACCAUUAAUCAGAGCCUCCUUCAGCCUCUUGGGGUGGAGGUGGACCCUGAGUUUCAGAGAGUGAAAAGUCAAGAGCGUGAGCAGAUCAAAGUUCUCAACAACAAAUUCGCUUCUUUCAUUGACAAGGUACGGUUCUUGGAGCAGCAGAACCAGGUACUGCAGACAAAAUGGGACCUGCUGCAGCAGGUGAAGACCUCCACUCGGAGCAACAACCUGGAGCCCAUCUUAGAGUCCUACAUCGCUGACCUGAGGAGGCAGCUGGAAGCCCUGAAGGGAGAGCGGAUGCGUCAAGACUCGGAGUUAAGAAGCACGCAAGACUUAGUGGAAGACUUCAAGAAAAAGUAUGAAGAAGAAAUCAAUAAAAGGACCAAUGCUGAGAAUGAUUUUGUCGUUCUGAAGAAGGAUGUAGACGCUGCCUAUAUGAACAGAGUUGACCUGCAGUCUAGGAUGGACACGCUGCUUAAGGAAACUGACUUCUUGAAGUUCCUGUAUGAAGCGGAGUUGUCCCAGAUGCAGACUACCACCACUGACACCAAUGUCAUUCUCUCCAUGGAUAACAACCGUAGCCUGGAUUUAGAUAGCAUCAUCCAGGAGGUCCAAGAACAAUAUGAACUAAUUUUCCAGAAGAGCAAGGCUGAGACUGAGGCUAGGUACCAGGACAAGUACCAGGAGCUCCAAAUUACAGCUGGCAGACAUGAUGAUGACCUGAAGAACACUAAGAUGGAGAUUUCUGAGCUCAACCGGACUAUCCAGAGGCUACAGUCAGAGAUUGGAAAUGUGAAGAAACAGAUUGGCCAAGUGCAGUCACUCAUUUCGGAUGCUGAGGAGAAAGGGGAUCAAGCCCUCCAAGAUGCCCAGGAGAAACUGCAAGACAUGGAAGAAGCUCUCCAUCAGAGCAAGGAAGAGAUGGCCCGCCUUCUGAGAGAUUACCAGGAGCUGCUGAGCACCAAGCUGUCCUUGGAUGUUGAGAUCGCCACCUAUAGAAAGCUGCUGGAGGGAGAGGAGAUUAGGAUGUCAGGAGAAUUUCAGAACCCUGUUAGCAUCUCCGUACAGAGCAGUAAAGUCACCAUCGGAGCCGGCGGCGGCGGGAGCUACGGAGGAGGCAGUGGCAGCUAUGGGAGCAGCUCUGUUCGGGGCUCUGGGAGCUUCAGCGGCGGAGGGAGUUAUGGGGGCAGCAGGGGCGGCGGCGGUUCCAGAGCGGGUGGUGGAGGAGCUUACGGGGGGAGCAGCAGUGGAGGGUAUGGAGAAAGCAGCAGAAACAGGAAAAGUGGGCUGAGCUCCUCCAGGGUGCAGAUCAUCCGAACCUCUACCAACUCCUCCAGCAGACACGUCAUCGAGUAG